CCCGCCGUGAUAUCGCGCACAUGGGAAGUGUGAUCCACGGUGCGUGAACGGAACACACUCACGGAAAUCUGCGUAUUCUCUGCGCUUUGGGGCACUUCGGAUACAUUUUUACAGGAUAUUCUCCAAAAUCUUCAUCUGCAACUGUACUUUUAUUUUUAACCCAUCUGUUUAUAUGUUGCACUAUUUAUUUACUUACAGCAAAACACCAAAUGAACACCAAAUUAUGUUAAACUAACGGGAUUUUGGAACACCUUAUACUGUAGACCUAUGGAAUGAAUCUGACAGCCUGGGCUGUGCAUAAAUGUGCAAUAUCUGUCUGCUUUUCAAGUGUCCAAUCCACGGACAGUUUCCACAGUCUCUCCAUCGAUCCAUAUAAAAUGCAGCAGCGAUGAUCCCGGUCCAGGGCGUUAAAGCUCAGCCUCAGCUGUGCCACAUCAGCGCGGAUGCUCCUCCGUGGCUCUGGAUGAUCCCGUCCACCUCGGGACUGUGUCGGGUUGCAUGUGCGCCUCCGGUGCUCAUCUCCUCUCGCCCACCACCGGUGAUUCAGGCGGUCUCGGGAUGGCAGAUGUCCUGCGAUCCUUUUCUGCCUGUGAUGCGCGCGGCUGCUGCUGCGGAACCUGCGAGCAUCAGUCAGUUCAGUCUGCCUAGUGUUCAGUGGGAGUUGCCAUCCAGGCCUCAUGUGAUGGGUUUCCAGCCCUCUGCAAGUGUGGACCUGCUUCCAGUGUUCCCUCAUGUAUACCGGACAGUUCUGCCUCCACAUUAUGGCAAGGGCUGGGUGGAAAAACGUGUGCCUGAUUACAAGCUUUAUCUAAACAAUACAUUAGCCCUUGAGACCACCUGGAUCAGUCCAGAGGAAAUGGGAAUUUUCCAACGUCAAGAAAAGCCUUUGCUGAGGACAAAUCAAACAGCACUGAGCAUAUGUAGGCCAGCUGCAGCCUCCAGGAAUAUCCACACACUGCUUUUGACACCCAGGCGAAUUUCAGGCUGUCCCAUGGCCAUCAAGCGAGUAGGAAGUUCUAAACGGAUUGCGCUUACAGCAGCAGCAGCUAUGAUGGCGAUGGAGUCUGACGUGACACAGGGACCAUCUGUCUCUUCGGCUCAGCCUCUCCAACUUCUCUCGCUCUCACCCAUCAAACUCCCGUUUCUGAUGGCACCUCGCACAGGAACACGGAGCAGCUGGGAGGGUUUACUGGGGCCUGUACUACCCUCUCAAAUCACUGCGGUAACAUCACUGACUGCUCCUGGAGUGACCCUACUUACUGGAAAUUGGAGGGAGCAAAGAGCAGCAGAUAAGAUAAUGGAAAUAAAGAAGCCUUCCUGCACGGAUACCUUAGUGCUCCACACCGAUCCAAAUCCAGAGGCUAAAGCUGAGGAUGGACCAUUUAAAGUCAACAUGGACGAGGACAGCUCACUCAAAGACAAGCGACCAGUUGCAUCCACACCUGUACCUGGAUCACCAUGGUGUGUAGUGUGGACAGGAGAUGACAGGGUCUUUUUCUUCAACCCCACAAUGCAUCUGUCAGUAUGGGAGAAACCAGUGGAUCUGAAAGACCGUGGAGACCUCAACAGAAUUAUUGAAGAUCCGCCACACAAACGGAAAAAAGACUCUUCAGAUGACGGCUCAAAUUUUCCCUAUGCUGAUGAUGAAGAUGAGGAGGAGGAAGAUCGUAAUUCCAAACGGAACAAACAGGGGCACCCUGAGUGUGAACUGAGUGAAGGAAAAAAUGGAGCAUCUCAGAUGGUUUUACCGCUCGAGCUCCGGAUCACACACUUCAGAGACAUGCUUUUAGAAAGAGGGGUAUCUGCAUUCUCCACCUGGGAGAAAGAAUUACACAAAAUUGUAUUUGAUCCACGUUACCUACUGCUGAGUCCAGAAGAACGUAAACAGAUUUUUGAUCAGUUUGUCAAAGCGAGAAUGAACGAAGAGUACAAAGAGAAAAAGUGCAAACUCCAGCACGCAAAAGAAGAAUACAGAAAACUGCUAGAGGAAUCAAAAAUCACAUCCAGGUCAACAUUUAAAGAGUUUUCAGAUAAGUACGGAAAAGAUCCACGAUUCAAACAAGUUCCGAAGAGGAAAGACCAGGAGUUGUUUUUUACCCAGUUCAUCAGCACCUUGAAAAAACGUGACAAAGAAAACAGAAUGCGGCUAAGAAAGAUGAGAUAAGGGUUUGUAGACAGGGAAAUGAACUCUGCAGAGUACUGUGAAGGGAUUACCUGAGAAUGUUCAUUACAUUGUCAGGAACAGUGUAUACAGUGAUACCAUCUGUCCAUAUGUCUGACCAAACAACAAAGGAUGAAACCAACAGCAGUGUUGUUUGCUUUUCAAUGACUGAUUUGCAAACCAGCUCAGUCUGGUUCAGUCAAAUGGGCGUAUUAAUGGGUAAGUGGUUUGCUAAUGAACUCUUUGUAUCUGAGUAUGUUUCAUAUUGAAGCACUUUAUCUCUAGUUUGAGUUUAACAAGUUGUCUGAAUCGCAACGCUGAACAUGAAUACAGAGUUGGACUGAACAGAAGUACACAAAACUACAUAAAGCCAUUUACCUGUGCACGCAGGUAGAACAUGUUAUAUAUUCCUGUAUAUAUUAUAUAAAUAAUUGUAAAAUAAAUGUUGAUUUGCCUGGCGCUGUGACCUAAAAGUGACUGUAGAAGUAAAAAACUUUUUGUCUAAUGAGUAUGUUCAAGUAAGACUGAUUCUCCACUGCAUCUGUGAGAAUCAAGAAGUGGUGUUGUGUAUUGAUAGAUUUUUUUUUUUCUUUUUAUGUUGUCAAACGGUUUGUUGUAAUUCAGUUUGUUACGAUAUUGUAGAAUUAAAGUGAUAAGUUUGUCACUGCUUCAAAAAGUUGUACAUGAAUUUCCAUUAAAAGGCGGAGUGAGUGGAUUCUAUUUACUGUAUCAAAAACUGGGAAAUGUAAUUGAAAGAGUAUUGUUUAGAUGUUGGUUCAUGCAUUCAAUUCAUGUAGCUUUUUGUAAUUAAUUGGUUUAUUUAACUUAUUCCUGAAGAAAUGCAAUUCCAUGGUGUUUUCAGUCAGUUCAAGCAAUACACAAAAAUGCCAUAUUGUUACCAUGUAACAAAUACUUUGUUCUGUUCAAUCCCAAUUUCUUUUCCCUUUCUGUAUGUAAUGUUUACUGUAAUACCACAAUCAGAGCUUUAAAACUACAAAAAGAUUGUUGAUUUGAUUAUUAUUAUUAUUUGAUUUGUUUGAUAGUCAAAUAA